AGUCAAGGCGCCCGGGGAGGGGGAGGGGAAGGGGGCCGACGGUGCAAACGGCGUGGCCGCCAUCUUGGUUGUACCCCCACUUCGCGCGCGCUCCGUUCUCCGUGACGCACGCGUCCCCCUCCCCUCCGCCGUGCCCCAGGCCCUGCAUUGCCCGGCCUCGCAGGAGCGCGGGGGCGGCUUCAGCUCUCCCCUGGACUUGGCGGCGCGGAGGCGUUGCUCAGGAAUCACUCCUGGUGAGGCUUGGGAACGUAUGGGAUUCCAGGGAUCCAACCUGCAUUGGCUUCAUUCAAGUUGUCAGAAUGUCUACAGAAGGAGGAUUUGGUGGUACUAGCAGCAGUGAUGCCCAGCAAAGUUUACAGUCCUUCUGGCCUCGUGUCAUGGAAGAAAUCCGGAAUUUAACAGUGAAAGAUUUCCGAGUACAGGAACUCCCACUGGCUCGUAUUAAGAAGAUUAUGAAACUGGACGAAGAUGUAAAGAUGAUCAGUGCAGAAGCUCCUGUGCUGUUUGCCAAGGCAGCCCAGAUAUUUAUCACAGAGUUGACUCUCCGAGCCUGGAUCCACACAGAGGAUAACAAACGGCGCACUCUGCAGAGGAAUGACAUCGCCAUGGCAAUUACAAAAUUUGAUCAGUUUGAUUUUCUCAUCGAUAUUGUUCCCAGAGAUGAGCUGAAACCUCCAAAGCGUCAGGAGGAAGUGCGCCAGUCUGUGACUCCUGCCGAGCCCGUCCAGUACUACUUCACGCUGGCUCAGCAGCCCGCUGCCGUCCAGGUGCAGGGGCAGCAGCAGGGCCAGCAGACCACCAACUCGACGACCACCAUCCAGCCCGGACAGAUCAUCAUCGCGCAGCCUCAGCAGGGGCAGACCACGCCUGUGACUAUGCAGGUCGGAGAAGGGCAGCAGGUGCAGAUCGUCCAGGCCCAGCCCCAGGGCCAGACCCAGCAGGCCCAGAGCGGCACCGGACAGACCAUGCAGGUGAUGCAGCAGAUCAUAACGAACACGGGCGAGAUCCAGCAGAUCCCGGUGCAGCUGAACGCUGGCCAGCUGCAGUAUAUCCGCUUAGCACAGCCUGUAUCAGGCACCCAGGUCGUGCAGGGACAGAUCCAGACACUUGCCACCAACGCUCAGCAGAUCACACAAACUGAGGUCCAGCAAGGACAGCAGCAGUUCAGCCAGUUCACAGACGGCCAGCAGCUCUACCAGAUCCAGCAAGUCACCAUGCCUGCCGGCCAGGACCUCGCACAGCCCAUGUUCAUCCAGUCAGCCAACCAGGCCUCUGACGGGCAGGCCCCCCAGGUGACCGGCGACUGAGGGCCUGAGUGGCAAGGUCAAGGACACCCAACACAGUUCCUGCCACACAGCCCCGGGUGCUGGGCACAGCCUCCCUCCCCAGAGGACCCGCCGACCGACCUCGCGCCUCCUGCAGGCUAGGACACCGGUGCGCCGCGCCCCGUGCCCGGGGCCAAGACUCUCUAACAGAAAGAUGCGAUGUUUUUUAUUUCCUUUUUUUCCAUUUUUUUCCUCCAAGGAAUCAAUAUUUCGGUAUGUUGAGCUGUGUGUCCAAUGCAAUGAAAUGAAACUAUUAAAUAUCAUAUUUAUGGCAUUUUCUUGAAGAGUGUGGUUGAAGAAAUAGUUCUUUGGGUUCUUGCCGACACUUCUCUUAGGAGCAGACCUUCUCGGGGUGUGUGUUACCUUCUGAUUUGUGGAACAGCCGCUGCCCAGGAUUUGCCACCUUGUUCUGCCCUCAGAUUAAAUUGGGUGAACGCGUGGAGCCUCUUUCUCACUAGGGUCCUCACCCCGUGCCCGCUUCUCGCCCCGAGCUCUGUGCGUGCACUCGGAGGCCGGGAAACAUUCCUAGCAUUUGAGAAAUGAACUCAGUCCCCGCAGUGAUGGUCUCAUUCUCCUCUCCCAGGGACUCAAGGAGACUAGAACUCCGUGCAUCCUCCCAUUUUUUUAUUUUAUUUUUUAACCGCAUUAAAAAUUAUGCCUAGUCUCCUUUGUUGCAUGGACUUCAAACUGCAUGAAAUGCAAUAAAUUUCAUUUUAGAUCA